AUGACUUCGGACGCCAGAUACAGAGAAGAGGACGAUGAUGAUUCGGAGUCGCCGUGUGAGGACGAUCCCUCUGAGGAGUGUGAAGACGACCGCUGCAACGGACCAGCGCUGCCCGUAUGGCAUUGCGUAGAUUGUGACAGCUCAUAUUGCAGUGAUUGUUGGGGUCGCCAAGGACCUCACAAACCGAAGAAGAAAGGCCGCGAUGGAGUUCCCCACGAAAAGACCGACCCCCAUAUUGUGCGCCGGCUCCAAGGCAUUCUACAUCCUACCAAGGAUGCGCGCGAGAUUCAGAGACUCCAUGAGGACGAUGGACUUACCAAGUGGUUCGGUGUGGCGAGAGACCUCUCAGGACGGCCUAGCUUCGAGGACUAUGGCCGCUAUGCGUCCCUCAUGUCCAGUAUCUCGCCCAUCGAGAGCAUGGGCAAUCGCUACCCGCAGAUAGUGUCCUUUAUUGGAGUCACAAAUGCCGGAAAGUCGACCCUGAUCAAGAUGUUGGUCAACCAUGAAAUGGAGAAUGCCAGUCCAGAGCAUCGGGGCAUGUUUCCUUCACCCAUCGUUGGGAGCGUCGUGAACGACUCUUUACCUACUUCCGGAGAUGUCCACUUAUACGCGGAUCCUUCCUCCCACACGGAACAGUUGCCCAUUCUCUAUGCGGAUUGUGAAGGCUUCGAAGGUGGCGAGAGGAUUCCACUUGGUGCUCGUUCUCGAAAGCGGCAGAGCUCAAGCACACCAGAAGGCAUGUUCUCCAAGACGCCGAACAACGUCUACCGCCGGCCAAUCGAGUGGGCAAACACAGAGGAGUCACGUCAGCGCGAGUUUGCUGUGACAGCGCUCUACCCUCGAUUACUAUACACAUUUUCUGACUGUGUCGUUUUUGUUCUGCGCAAUCCAAAAACAUUCCAGUCUGCAGUACUGGCCAAGCUUCUGGACUGGGGUGCGAGCUCGUUGGAAAAGUCCAUCAACCAGCCGGCUCUGCCACACUGUAUCGUGGCGUUGAAUGGAUCGGAUCCUGGCGUAGAUGACAAGGAAUGGGACGUCAACUUCGCCACCCAAAGCCUGCUAUCCUCUGUGCGUGGUGCAUUGGAUAUCGUAGAAGGCGUGCCGCGCUUCAGAGAGCUGGCCGAGUACUGGCGUGGUCUGGGCAAGCACAUCUACUCCGUGGAAGACUUGAUUUUGCGAUACUACAGCUCUUUCAAGGUCAUUCGGAUUCCAAGCAAGCCCAGGUACACCACCAUCAACGAGCAGGUUGGGAAGCUUCAGCAGACCAUCAAAGCGAAUUGCGAGGAAUCCUUCCGGAGCAAGCGAAGAGCGCGCAUGUUAACAAAUGCUGACGAGCUCAACGUAUACCUGCAGAGUGGCUUCGAUCACUUCACACAACACCUGGACAUACCUUUCAACUUCAUGCGCAUCUCACUGCUUCGGAAUCCUAUCCCAAACGACUUCGGCGGGCACAUUCUUCAACUAUGCACAACGAUAAUGUCUCAACAGCCGAACCACCAGCACGGCAGAAUAUCUUGGAUCUUCGAGAAGCUGAGUGUGAUGCUGGCAUCAUGCGUACUUCUGGAUUGUGCCCGCUACAGGAAAGGCCGAGUCGACGAACUUUUCGGGAACUACGAGAAGUUCUUCGAUUGGGCGAUGGGGGAGUAUCUGGAGAUGCACUACCCUUGCUCGUUUAUCAGCGUCGACGGCACCAGGCAAUGUAUGCUCGUCAAAGCCCGUCAUCAGCCGAAGGGCCAUCAGGAUGAGAAGGGCAUCAUUGCUGCAGGCGACUACCAGGCUGCCUUUGACGCUAGCUUCCUGCCACAGUGGAAGACGCAGCUGCGAUCCUCGAUCGCGACGAUCCAACGAGACUUCCAGUAUGAGCUGGAACAAGCUUCGCACAGUGAAGACAUGCACGCGAUCCCAGAAGAGCGCAUAGCUCUGGAUCUGCACGGCGAAUAUCUCAAUCAGUUCUUCGAAGCAGUUGGCCCUGCAUCAUCGAUAUGCAGCCACGCAACAUGUUUUUGUUGCUUGAUGGACGUGCCAGAGCACCCUCUUGCUUGCGGGCAUGUCUUGUGCACGGCAUGUAUCAAGGCCUAUGGCAAGCAAACAAAAUCGACGGUGUCUGUGGCUUGCUGUCCGCUGCAUGUAGAGUCGACAAGAUGGGCAAAGCCUGCCGUCAUAAACUUCAAACCUCCUGGCGCUGGUGUUCGGAUUCUUGCGCUCGAUGGAGGAGGCGUUCGUGGCAUCAUUCAACUGGAGGUAUUACGAGCCAUCGAACAUGCACUGGGAGGUCACCUAGCAGUGCAAUCGUUCUUCGACCUCAUCGUCGGCAGCGGUACUGGCGGUCUCAUAGCCGUUGCACUCGCCAUGAAAGAGCGAACGGUGGACUCAUGUAUAGACAUGUUCGCCGCACUCUGCGAGCAUGCCUUUACUCCACGGCUUAAGGGCGUGCCAAUCAUCAGCCAACUCGCACAAGUCUUCGGUAGUGGACCGAAGUACAAGACCAAGCCCUUACAUGCUGCGCUCAAAACGGCCUUUACAGAAGAUGAUGAACUCUUCAGCUCGACUGAGAAGCGGUGGAAGGGCACACGUGUUGGUUUGACAGCCACGAGUGCCACGGGGCAGGAGACAAUAUUGCUUGCAAGUUAUCGCCGGCCUGAAGAUCUAUUCCCUGCAUACUCAUUCGAGAGACCACAUGAUCCAGACAUGGAACUCAAGACAUACCAAGCCACUGCUGCCGCGAUAGCAAGUCCAAACUUCUUUCGCCCCUUCACUUUCCAUGGCAAGACAUACCUGGACGGUGGCAUUCGCAGCCCAAAUCCUGCAUUCAUCGCAGACCGAGAGCGAAGACUCAUCUGGCCGGACGUCGAAGAACCUGACAUGUUCCUAUCGCUAGGAACCGGGCAGAACAGGAUCACCAUCUUGCAGAAACUAUCAGAUCGGCACCCCAGCAACCCUGGACAGAUUCCCGAAGCAGACCCAAGUGCGAAGAAACAGCCUUCGAAGUUCAGAUCACGUCGUGGAGAUGAUGUACUCGAGGCAGAGCUGGCUUGGGCGUCUUUCCGCAACUACGCCGUCAAAGAAAAGUCCGAGGCAAGAGGUAGGAGAUACAUCCGUUUCAACCCAGACCUGGACCGAGAGCCCCCCAGUGCAGACAGCAAGUCAGAUAUGUUAUCGUUGCAAUCCAACGUACGAAAGCGCUUGCAGACAGCACAUCGCCAGGCGGCCCUACGCAACGUGGCACACCGACUCGUUGCUUCGUGCUUCUAUCUCGAGCUUCAAGCGAAGGCUACUGCGGAAAGGAGCGAACAAGUCUGCACUGGCGUCCUCGCCUGCCGAUUCGAAGAUGGAAGUCCUGAGAUGCGUGCGCUGGGCCGCGUGAUUCAAGAUCGUAAGGGAGACGAAUUCGAGCCACAUUUCAUGGUUCGCCCCGAUCAGGACCGAACGGAGUUUGCGUUCAAGAUCACCAUCACGGAGGAUGUCAUCCGGGCCAUGAUUCACAACGGUGUGUUUGGACUGCCCAACGUCUACAUACCUCUGCGCAAUGAGAACAAAGCAACCUCGAUCAACCUGUUCCUAUCAGAGCACGACGGCCUGGAACCACACGGCUUUCCCGUCAGCGGCUUCCCACGUGUCUUGCUUGGUGAUGCGUCAGCACAGACAUCUCGAAGACCUGGCAGGACCAGCUCGGAGCAGUCUCUUCGCAACCCAAUACGUCGUCUGAAGUCAUCAGAUGGAGACGCAAUCUCACUCGAUGGCACAAGUGCUAGAGGCAGCAUUGAUGACUGGCAGGAAACGGACCGGAAGAUGUCAGUGCUAUCGACUGGCACAGGAAAGCUGUCGCUAGCAGAUCUUAUUUCACAGCAUCAACAAGAGAACUCAGGGACUAGCAUCAAGCAAAGGACGAACCGCUUCUGGACAUAUAUCGGUAACAACCACAUGGCACAACAUCCCGACAUGUACGCGCCGGAAGAUCUAGCGAAGCACGGCAUUGCCAGAUCUAGCACAGGGUCACGAAUCGAUGUGACAACACCAGCCACCGACGCUUCAAGCUCAUCAACCUCUAUAACAACAGCUCUCCCAUCACUCCGCUCCCGACACGCCCUGCCCCUCUCCGAGACCCAGACCUGGUCUGAACUCGACUCCCCCGAACUGAACGGCGGCACCGAUAAAGCCUCCCAAGAUUCCGAUCACCGUGAGUUCUACUCACUCGCACGCGAGCACGCUAGAUCGCAGGUUGAUCUUUCCCAGCCACCCACUCCCAGACUGCGUGACAGUCACCCGACCGAAUUGCAACCCCAGACCUACGUCCCCACCGGAGCAGGCAGCAACAAGAGAGAAACCACCAGCACAACCACAACAGGCCGAGGCUCCACCUCGCGCAACGAGAUACCCACCAUGUGUGAGACCGAGUUUGAAGAAGAAGUUGACGAUGACUGGGUGAGCACGUACAGUGGCGAGGAUGUACAGCUACAGGAGGCGAAAGCGAGUUCACUGGUUCAGAUUCCGCCCUUUCAAUUUCCGCCACCAGCGAAUUCAAACGCCCACUUCGGGCAACGAAAGACGAGUCUCGAGAGGGGACCUCUUGAUCAUGUUGUUGAGAGUUCGCUGCCUGAUGAGAAUACGGCAACAGCACUCGAUCGAUGGCUUUCGAGUCAGAGGAGUACGACUUCUUUGUCGAGGAAACAUGAACGGCUAAAGGUGGUGCAAGAGGAAGUCGAAGAACGGUGA